UCUCCCCCCUCCCCCCCCUUCCCGUCCCUUCUGCACUCCCAGCAAACUCCAGAGCCGGAAAACAGAUCCGCCUUGCAUUCGGGGAGAUGACCAUGCCAGAGGAAACCUGCUCUAUUUAGGAAGAAGCCAAGGACUCUCCAUCAGGAGAAGUCAAGAAGACAGGGGUUAAAAUGAAUGAAGACCUGAAGGUUAAUUUAAGCUGGCUUCCUCAGGAUCAUUUAGAUACCAGUUCUCCGGAGAAUGUCUCAGCUGCAGUUUCCUCCCUGAUUCCCGUCAUAGAACCAGAGCCAGAGCUCAUAGUAAACCCCUGGGACAUUGUUUUGUGUACUUCAGGAACCCUCAUCUCCUGCGAAAAUGCCAUUGUGGUCCUUAUAAUUUUCCAUAACCCCAGCCUGCGUGCACCCAUGUUUCUCCUGAUAGGCAGCCUGGCACUCGCAGACCUAUUGGCAGGGAUUGGAUUGAUCAUCAAUUUUAUUUUUGCCUACCUGCUUCAGUCAGAAGCCACCAAGCUGGUCACGAUAGGACUGAUUGUCGCCUCUUUCUCAGCCUCUGUCUGCAGCUUGCUGGCUAUCACUGUUGAUCGUUACCUCUCGCUGUAUUAUGCUUUGACUUACAAUUCUGAAAGGACUGUCACAUUUACCUAUAUCAUGCUUAUAAUGCUCUGGGGAGCUUCUAUCUGUCUCGGACUGCUGCCUGUUAUGGGCUGGAACUGCCUCAAAGACGAAUCCACUUGCAGUGUGAUCAGACCUCUCACUAAGAAUAAUGCUGCUAUACUCUCUGUCUCCUUCCUGCUCAUGUUUGCUCUCAUGCUCCAGCUAUACAUCCAGAUCUGUAAGAUUGUGAUGAGGCACGCCCAUCAGAUUGCCUUGCAGCACCAUUUCCUGGCCACAUCGCACUAUGUGACCACCCGGAAAGGAGUCUCUACUCUGGCUAUCAUUUUAGGGACCUUUGCUGCUUGCUGGAUGCCUUUCACCCUCUAUUCUUUGAUAGCAGAUUAUACCUAUCCCUCUAUAUACACUUAUGCUACCCUUCUUCCAGCUACCUACAAUUCCAUCAUCAAUCCUGUGAUAUAUGCCUUUCGAAAUCAAGAAAUACAGAAAGCUCUCUGGCUUAUUUGUUGCAGCUGCAUCCCUUCCAACCUCUCCCAGAGAGCCAGGUCGCCCAGUGAUGUGUGAUGAUACACAGCUUAGGAGAAAGCUGGUCGCUUAACACUGUCUUUUCCAAACAUGCUCACCCUGUAAUUGUUGGUUAGAUGCUCUUAUUAAAUUCUGUAUGUUGGAUUCAGCUUAACCCACGGGAAGCACUUAACAUUUGUCAAAGAAAAACCUCAUUAAUCUAGAAGAGUUAAGUGGCUGGAGAAAGUGGGUUUCAAAAUAAUCAGUGUUUUUAUUCACCUUUCUUGUCAUGUUUAGGAUUUUGUACUGUGCUCAGGAUUUUUGUUUGGUUUCUGGGAAGGGAGUGGAAAAGGAAGAGUAGAUGCCAUGAUCUACUCUAAAGUAGUCUAAACUAAUAUCUCAGUUGUCACCUCAUCUUUAAAUGAACUUUAUCAAUACAGAAAAGGAGAAAAAGAGAGACUUAAAGAUCUUUUCUAGAAUUGUUUAUAUGAUCAAAAUAAAUUCUCAAUCCUGCAUGAGUGAAAAGGGGAAAAAUCUUUUAAACCAACAAAAGGAGGAAAGAGAAGUAUAUAUCAUUGUGACCUGAUUUCAUGAUCAUAAACACAAUUAUAAGCUACCAGAUUACAUUUUAAAACUAUGGCUCAGUUUAAAAAAAUCUUAAUCUUGGUAACUACCAUCCACUGAGAAUUAAUUUUUAAUUAAUGUGUUACAGAAAAUCGGCAUGGUUGUCAUUAUUAACUGGACCCCUCUAUCCAGAUAUUCACACUUAAGUAUAGAUGAUAAGACAGAACAGAGGUGUACUUUGACAAUUUUCUUCUAAAAUUAAAUGUGAGUCCACUUUGGGCUUGUAGUUGAUACAAGAUUGAUUUGAUCCAGCUAUUUCAGUAGUCAGAUUUUUUCCCUUGUGGUAUGAAAAGGACAAUGUGAGAAAAUCAACUAAUGGAAAUAGAAAAAAAUUAUCAUAUGAAGAUAAAGACAUUGAUGUGAUGGGCAUUGUGGGACAUAUCUAUAGUAAUUUUCUUUUCUGUAUACAGCUAUAAAUGUACCAACAGUGAUUUCCAGUUUUAAAAUUUUUGUUAGAAUUUUGAAUACUAUAGACUGAAUGUUUCUGGUUUGAAGUUCCAUGCAAAAAUGCAUUUGAACUGUGGUCUUCCGUCUUAAUGGUUGAUUUAAUUUAUGAAUGCAUAUACAAAUCAGAUUGUAUGUUCCAUAGGAUGGGAAUUUCCAAACCAUCAUGUAACCCUUCAUAAAAGGUGAAGUGUAAAUAGUUUACUAUCCAUCUACUAAAAAGAACAUUAAAAUGCAAUAAAACUAGGAUAUUUAUUUUCAGAGAGCAAGAUUUUUAUCAGAGUAAUUUGAUGAGGAAAGCAAUAUCAAUUGUAUCGUGACUUGAUGGUGGGUUUGUGAGCAUCAUUUCCAUGAAUGUUGACAAAUAUCAAGGGAAGAAAUCCCCAGGCAGAGCAGUGAAAUUUUGGCUCUGCCUAUACCCACAACAGCAGAACUUUAAGGAAACCAAUUGGUUCAGGCCAUCUAUAUGGUGGCCUGAUUGGAAGAGCCAAUUCUUUGAGGUCUCUGCUGAUCGCAUGGCUCUGAAGCUAGAUCUGUUUAAUUACAAGUCACGCUCAACAUGGUUCUCACAACCAUGCUGCAAUUCUAUAAAAUAUUGUAGAAGUAAGUAGUCAAUACAGCUAGUGCCAGUGCUGUUUGCUUUGGGUAAACCAGUAUUAAUAAUCUGGCUACUUGAAUCAAUAUCUAUUGUCAUGGGCCAAUUAUGGAAUCUAGUAACAAUUAAAUUCUUUGUAUGCACAUCACCAUGUAACUUUUAAUACCAUUUGGUGGUGAGGUUGGGGACUUGUCCCAUGCAUGGAAAAUCUAAAUAUUUGGAUGAGCUGGUAAUUUGAGUGUGACGGAUUUCUUUUCAAUUAGGUAGCAUUCAUUAUAAUCUGAAUAAGUGAAUGAUGAAAGUGAGAUACCUUUAUAGAUAGCCUAGGAUGACUCCUUCUGGACCAAGUUUUAACGGCAACAAUGUGUGCUUUGAUGGAAAACUCCACCAUUUAAAUACUUCAUCUGCUUACUUUAAAUGACAUUUCAAGGAUCUUGGUUGUGUGGUAUGAAUGCACCCUCCACAGGUACAUAUGGCAACUCCUCCAUGCUUCGUGAGUUGCCUUGACUAAAACCAAAUCCAAAACAAAUCAAAACAAAAAACCCUCACCCCUUGGUGGCCAACCUGACGAUCAUAGUCUUCUCCAAAACUAAUUGGUCUGGUCCUGUAAUGACAGAUACCUAUAAUCAAUUCAUGGCUUGUACCCAAAGCUUUUCUAGCUUGGUAAAACCUUUCAGGGCUUCUGCUUCCCAUAGAUUUCAAGGAACCAGGUCAUCACAAACCAUGAUGAGGUAGGACUGCAUUUAUUAGUGCUUAAAUUUGGGUGUAGAGUGAUAAAAUCAUCUGGCUUUUUCAGAAUUUUCAACUAAGAUAUUAAAAGUGAUAUUAGUUGUAAAUUUUAAAUGUACUUUAAAAAAAAUCACAAUUUUCCAUUUGCCUAUCUAAAUAUUCUCUUGUGUCACAUCCUAUUCUGAGAACAUGUAGAAGCUGUUUUUGUCCACCAAUUGCAAACUAGCAUCAGAAAAGACAUAUUUCAUAAAAAAAAUUCUGUAAUUAAAAAUAUCAGCAUUUCUUUUUGAAAUUAUAUAGUGCAGAAACCCUGAAAUGGGCAUUAUAUUAUACUUAACCCACCCUUUCUUCUUACCCCCAAGCGUAUCUGUAUGAAUACUGUUACAAUUUAGCAUCAAUUUUGACUGAGUGAAAAUACUUUUGUACCUGCAGCUUUCCCCUUCAUCUGUUUAUUUAACUUCAUGUUAAUGUAGACUCAGCAGUAUUCAGUGAUUAUCACAUUAUUUAUUCGGACCCAUUUGUAGUAGUAGUAGUAGUAGUAGUUGUUGCUGUUGUUGUACUAGUACUAGUAGUAGUAUACUGGUUUUAGAUGUCCAGAUCCUGUUUUUGAAAUCAAACACAUUAAUUGUGAUUUUUAUUUUAAUCACUGAUGAUUUCAAAGUGCUGAGUAUAUGUAAUUUCUUUAUGUGCAUGUGAAUGUGUGUGUCAACAGUUUGCCCAAUAGUUCUAACUAUCCAUCAUGACUAAAUACAUCAUAGAAGAUAAAUUAUAUCUACAAUGUCUCUGAAGUAAGAGAUUAUUUUUGUCUGCUAUGCUGUCCCAAUUUCUAACUAUUAAGUAAGGACCUUAUAUGUGUUUCUAAUACUAACAGUCCAUCCCACCAGCAAUUACUAUUACCUUAGCCCAAUCUUAAUUGAAUUGCCUGCUGAUUACUUCUCUUUUUCUUUUGGCUUUUGGUUUUGUUUGUUUGGUUGGUUUUUUAAUCAUUGCUUUUCAUACUUUCAGCAGUACUAUGUGCCAGGGAAACAAAUGAAAAUUAAAAGCAACCAAGUAAAUUGAAGUCUCUUGAGCAGCUUCAGUAAAAUAUUGUGGGAAAGGAAAAAUUAUUUGCUGAGAGAGAAAGAGAGAGAGAGAGAGAGAGAGAGAGAGAGAGAGAGAGAGAGAGAGAGAGAGAGAGAGAGAGAGAUUUAUCUAGUCUGCUCUUUUGACCCCAAUGAAGUGUACUUCUGUUUUGUGUUGGGAGUUUUUAAAGCAAAUAUGAAAACAUGGACAUUUAUACAAUUACGCUACUUGGUAUUCUAGUAACUGUGUGGUCUAUUGUAAGCAACUUAUCUACACGACAAACCAUAUUGAAUUCAGUGUUUUAAUACAUCUAGCCUUAAAGUUCCUUUAGAUUAAAUUUUCCUAACAGUUAAAGUGUUAAGACCCACACAAAAUGCUCCUUUUGUAAAAGCAAUACAGUCCCAUCUAGUGGAAACUGCACAGUAGAAUUAGAGCAAUAGAGAAAGAGAUAGCAAUAAUAGCCUUGGGAAAACAUUCAUGUGGGAAUUCAAGAUGUAUAAAGGAUUUUGACAGAUCUGUCUUUCUUUGAUGUUAGGCAUGAGUGACAUUACAAACUGUAAAUGAACUGAAACAACUUUGCAGUAUCCUUGUUAUUUUGAACAUUUAUUGAAAUAUAAAUACUCUGUGUGUGUGUGUGUGUGUGUGUGUGUAUACAUAUAAGGAAUUCAAAACUCCUCCCUCCAAAAUGCAGUUGGUUUAGAGAUUCUAUUAGCACAAAACUGAUUAAAGAGGAACUUUCCAUUAAUAUUCAUUAUUCCUAUAUUGAACUCGGAUCUUGUGUUUCUGUAAAAUGUUUUGAUUAGGCAUACGCUUAUACAUAGCUGGAAUUUAGCUGUUUGGGGCUGUUAUAAAACCACUUUUCAUUAUCAUUUGCUGUUGGACAUCUAGACACUUUCUGAAACCUCCGCACAAUUCAGCACCACAGUCAGUGGUCUGAAUUAAGUACACACCUCUGAGAAAUGUUCAUGCAUGUCAGACGUGGAGCUGGGGGGGUGGGAGUGGGGGGAGCUUUAACGAUGGGACUGAUACUGCUCUUGGCUCUAUCUGGUGAGAAUCAUUUCACUUUUCUCAGGACCACACAUUUAAAUGGGAGGAAAAAGGAAAGGAAUAAUUGAAAACCAGAGGUAUUAAAAAAAAAACCCAACAACAACACUUUAUGUCCUCAAAGGCAAUGCAAAAAGGAAAAUUGAAGCAGUUAUCUGGAGUCUAGCCCCCAAACCUGCUAUUGUUUGUUGUUUGUUUAAUGAGCUUUUGUCCAAAGAUAUUCAGACUAUCUACAUUGGUAUGGAACUUACUGAACCUGG